AGAUACAUCCACAUCCAGGGAUUGUGCGAUGGAUGCAGCCGAAGAUCGCGACUUGAAGCUCCAGCGGGCUUCAAGUGACCUGGUAACGGAGUUCUCUGCCAAGCUGCCAGCGCUGCUCUGGAGGUCUGAACCUGGAACCCCUCUCCGCACCCCACGCAAGUGGGCACAAGUAUCCAAGACAGAGAAGCUCGUCGCCCUCCUUGAACCAUUUCAAGAAUGGCCUCAGCUUCUGGAUCCGCAUCUGCAGAAGCUGCUUCCGACAUUAGUGGAUGCUUUCCUGGCGUAUCUAGUGAAGUAUCACGGGCAGUAUGACACUCAGCCCACAAAGUCUUCCUCCAAAGUUGCUCUUUAUCCCAUACCAAGAGCUAUUUGCAGACUCCUAUACACUUUCUGCAAAGUCCGUGGCGUCAAGGUCAUCAGUCGUUUUUUGAAUAAUGAGCCGAAGUACCUGGAUUCCAUGUUGCGAGCCUUCAUCGAAUGGGAUGCAUUAGGCCACACAUCCUCUACCGAGGAUCUUGCGGGACCCGAGACACAGCAAAUGCAGUGGGAAGAGCGUUAUGUGAUGCUGGUCUGGCUGUCACAUCUUCUUCUGGCGCCCUUUGACCUAGCCUCGUUGUCAUCUGAUGACAUCCCCGUUCCGAAUGAUAACUUGAAACAGCUGGGUGAGAUUCUCUCUCACACUCCCACAGUUGCACGAUCCCUGCUCUCGCUGGCACUUCAUUAUAUCAACGCUUCUGGCAAGGAGCGCGAGGCAGCUACUGCGCUUCUAGCACGGCUCGUCUUGCGUGGAGACAUGCAAGCCCUCGGCCUCUUAACGGGCCUGUCGAGCUGGGCUUUUGCUACUAUUAAUCCUCCACAGAGUGUAGACGGACCUUCCGUCUACUCAUGUAUUGGAAUUCUCUCUUUCAUUGCUCGUUUAGCGGGAUCCGGCCACGUCGAGGAUUUUGCGCCCUUGCUGAAAACCGUGUUCGAUAAGACUUUGGAAAUUGUGCAGGGAAACUCGGAGGUCUCUGCAACGAUCCAAUCCUCUGCCUUGGCUAGGAAAACCGUCGUUAAAAUUCUUCGCAACAUAACAGUUAUGGCUUUGUCUCUGAGCGAGAGAGAAGACAACUGUAUUACGGAUGACCAGUUGUCUAGCAUCCUCGAAGAGGCAAUUGAUCAUUUCCUGGUUGCACUGGCAGAUAAAGACACUCCGGUGCGCUUCGCUGCAAGCAAAGCACUCAGUGUCAUCACCUUGAAGCUUGACCCGGAGAUGGGUGCAGAAAUUAUCGAAGCAGUUAUAGGGUCAUUGGGAGAGAACAUACUUUUUGAAAGAGAUGAUGGUGCCUUGAUAACGCCAUUCGAAGCACGAAUUGCUGGGAUUCAGCUGCUCAAGCGUAACCUAAGCGGUGUUGAUGCCCAGCGGUGGCAGGGUCUAAUGCUCACACUCUCUCAUUUGCUGUUCCGUCGUGCACCUCCGACCCAGCAAUUGCCUGAAAUUCUCCAAUCACUUGUCUCGGGCCUUGACUUUGAGCAAAGAUCAUCGACUGGUAGCUCUGUGGGAACGGGCGUUCGUGACGCUGCCUGUUUCGGCAUUUGGGCACUUUCUCGAAAAUAUGCAACGGCAGAACUGCAGGCCUUGCAACGCCAGACCAUUCCCUCAAUCACUGGGAUUACAGAGGUAGAUGUCUUGCAGAAGCUUGCAGUUGAACUUGUCUGCUCAGCCUGCGUUGAUCCCUCGGGAAAUAUUCGCCGUGGUGCCUCUGCUGCCCUGCAAGAGUUAAUCGGUCGUCAUCCGAACAUGAUCACUGAGGGAAUCCCUCUCGUUCAAAUUGUGGACUAUCACGCGGUUUCGCGGCGGUCCCGUGCAAUGAUUGAUGUGGCCAAGGCUACUGCGUCCUUGGACCCAAUGUACUGGGGCCCGUUGAUAGAAGUUCUGAUGCAAUGGCGGGGCAUUGGCUCUCCAGAUGCUGAGUCCAGGCGACAGGCUGCGCGCGCUAUUGGUGUUCUGAGCACGCAGCAGAAGUUCAAGACCAUUAAAGCGGUAUUGGAAAGAUUGUUUCGCAGGCUCCCGCGUAUACCUCGAAGCGACGUCGAGUCCCGACAUGGAUGUUUCUUGUCAAUCGCUGCCACGGUAGAUGCUUACACUCAAGAAUGGGAAACAUCGCCAGAUAUGCGAGAGGCAGUGGAGGCAAAGGAGGUGUUAUCCCAGGUCGCCAGGCUGUGGGAUAUCUUUGAAUCGCCAUCGAGUCCAACAGAAAGAGACUUGACUUCGCAAAAUUCUCGUCCUGAGUUGACCUCCGAGGCAUCUGCUUGUUUAAUCUCGUCGCUCUCUCGCUCUACCAGAUCUGUUGGACUGUCCCCUCCUUCCGAAGCGUUGCUCGACCGAAUACUCCACAUUCUUUCACUUUGCGUCUCUCGAAGUGAUGACAUAUCCAUUGAAAGCUCAUCCACCGCCCUAUCCACACUUUUCCCGCUCCUACCACCUUCGAAACAAGAAGAAACUGUACAGGCCUGGUUUUCUCAUCUGCGUUCCUCGUCAAAGCUACCCAAUGGCCGUGGUCAGAUUCUCGCUCUCGGGGCGGUAUACAAGAAUCUUGAAGGGCGUGCAAACCUACAGGAAAGUAUCCUCACAGAGUUGCUUUGCUGUACAGCAAAAGAAGAACUCAUUGAGAAACGAGUGGCUGCUGUGAGGUGUUUGUCAACGAGAAUUUUGCCAGAGACAUCCACCGUGGAUAAGAUUGCAAAUAAUGUGUUGGAUUUCCUAAACGAUUAUACCACGGAUAGACGAGGUGAUAUCGGAUCUCUCAUCCGCGUUGAAGCAGUGCAGGCAGCAGGUAUUCUCUUGAAGAGAGAUUCACCAUUGCCAUCAAGCUCGCCUAUAGUGCGUAGCUUGCUUGGAUGCCUGUGUCGCCUGGCAUGCGAGAAACUUGACAAGGUUCGGUUGCAAGCUUGGCUUUGCUUGCAACAUUACUGGGAGACUAUCUCUAUCGACUUCCCUCCGUUGCAGCGUAAAUACGAGCAUUUCAGUCAUAUAUCCUCACAAGGGUACUUUGACCAAAUCCUGACUCUAUACUCCAUCGAGUGGCUGCGCGAACCGCUGCUCCAGGGCCUGGCUACCUCGUCAUCUGCAGGUGCUGAAGGCCUGAUUCGAUCAAUCCGUUCAGCUCUUAUUCAAUUCCUCACCGUGCGAGAACCCAGUCAGCGUCAGGCGGUCCUGGUCGACAUCUUGCAGGAUCUGUCUGCCGCUCUCAGUGCCAAUCUUCCAGAUGAUCGUUAUGCGAUCCCCAUUCUUGACCUUCUGUCGUUCUUUAUUGAUAGUUUUGUAGUCCCCAACCAAGGCGACUCGGACCCUGUCUUUCGGAGGGUGUUUGUCUUGGUGCAGAAAGCCCAUUUCCGUUCAUCCAAUAUCCAGCGCCUGGAGUCUGCCGUGAAGGUUUAUGCAGCCUUGUCGAGGCUAGACUCCUUACGCAGUGAUGUCUUGAAGAAGAUGACUGGGUUAUUGCUACAUCCAUUUCCGAGGGUUCGAGCAAGCGCAGCGGAUUAUCUGUAUGUGGUGGCCGAGUCGGAGAUAGUCAAGUAUGAGGACUGGUCCGCGCAGCCGAAGCAAUUGAAGGAGAAAGUAGAGACACUCCGGACUGUUUUGGUUCCGACGAGCUAGGGCUCUAGAAAGGAUAACAGCAAUACAAUGAGAGAUUAUUUUUGAAUUUAUGAGAUUAGCA